UGCUGGGCGGGUUGGGAGCUUCAGCUCGGCUGGAACGGCGUCGUCGGUGUUUAUCCCUUGGCGCUUCAACAGAUUGGCGCUUUCUGUCGCUUCCUCAGUUGUAAAUGAAGAACACCCGAAAUUCAGGGCUCGGCCCUCUUCCAGUAAAACUUUGGACCUUGCGGAAUACGUGCAUGCUCUGAGACCCCGCAGAGCUGUCUCGAAAAGCCCACAGAAGGCUGCGCUUUGCCUCUGUCACGUUUCCAGUAUGCGCACCAGUAACUGAAUUUCUACAAAAAAUGUUGGUGGCACAGAUCUGACCUACAGUAAUACCUUGAAAGAGUAUGAAUAUUUCAGCAAACUGCCUCUUCAGUGGUUCCUCGUUAGCGUCUGAAGUGCAUGCUGCUGCUGUUAAUGGAGAUAAGAGUACCCUCCAAAAGCUAAUAGCAGGAAACUCUGAGCUGAAAGAUAAGGAGGACCAGUUUGGAAGGACUCCCCUUAUGUACUGUGUGCUGGCUGACAGGCUGGACUGUGCCGAGGCAUUGCUGAAGGCUGGAGCUGACGUUAACAGAGCUGAUCGCAGCCGAAGGACUGCUCUCCAUCUUGCUGCACAAAAGGGAAAUUACCGCUUCAUGAAACUUUUACUGGCUCGUAGAGGGAACUGGAUGCAGAAGGACUUGGAGGAUAUGACACCAUUACAUUUAACUACGCGUCACAAAAGUCCAAAAUGUUUAGCUUUGUUGUUAAAACAUAUGGCUCCUGGAGAAGUGGAUACCCAGGACAGAAACAAGCAAACUGCACUGCAUUGGAGUGCCUACUACAAUAACCCAGAGCAUGUGAAACUUCUCAUCAAACAUGAUUCAAAUAUUGGAAUUCCUGAUAUUGAAGGAAAAAUCCCACUUCACUGGGCAGCUAACAACAAGGACCCUAGUGCAAUCCACACAGUGAAAUGUAUUCUGGAAGCUGCACCCACAGAAUCUCUGCUGAACUGGCAGGACUAUGAAGGACGAACUCCUCUUCAUUUUGCUGUUGCAGAUGGGAAUGUAGCAGUUGUGGAUGUCCUGACCUCCUACGAAGGCUGCAAUGUGACAUCUUAUGACAACUUGUUUCGAACUCCCCUCCACUGGGCAGCCUUACUUGGUCAUGCACAGAUUGUCCAUCUCUUACUAGAAAGAAAUAAGUUUGGAACUAUCCCAUCUGAUAGUCAAGGUGCAACACCCCUACAUUAUGCAGCACAGAGCAACUUUGCUGAAACAGUUGAAGUAUUUUUGAAACAUCCUUCUGUAAAAGAUGACUCAGAUCUUGAGGGAAGAACGUCCUUCAUGUGGGCAGCUGGCAAAGGCAGUGAUGAUGUCAUAAGGACUAUGCUGACUUUAAAAUUGGACAUUGAUAUCAAUAUGACAGACAAAUAUGCCGGCACAGCAUUACACGCUGCUGCCCUUUCUGGCCACGUCAGCACAGUGAAACUGCUGCUGGAGCACAAAGCACAGGUGGAUGCUCUGGAUGUGAUGAAACACACCCCGCUCUUCCGAGCCUGUGAGAUGGGUCACAAGGAAGUGAUUCAAACCCUCAUUAAAGGAGGAGCAAGAGUAGAUUUGGUUGACCAGGAUGGGCAUUCACCCCUUCACUGGGCAGCCCUGGGAGGAAAUGCUGACGUGUGCCAAAUCCUGAUAGAAAAUAAAAUCAACCCCAACGUGCAGGAUUAUGCAGGUAGAACACCUCUGCAGUGUGCUGCUUAUGGAGGUUACAUCAACUGCAUGGUGGUGUUGCUGGAAAACAAUGCAGAUCCAAAUAUUCAGGAUAAAGAGGGCAGAACUGCCCUGCACUGGCUCUGUAACAAUGGCUACCUUGAUGCUAUAAAGUUACUGCUGGGCUUUGAUGCUUUCCCCAACCACAUGGAGAACAGCGAGGAGAGGUAUACUCCACUUGAUUAUGCCUUGCUUGGAGAACACCACGAAGUGAUUCAGUUCAUGUUAGAACACGGGGCUCUGUCUAUAGCUGCCAUUCAGGAUAUUGCUGCUUUCAAAAUUCAGGCUGUCUACAAAGGAUACAAAGUUAGAAAGGCUUUUCAGGAGAGGAAGAAUCUUUUAAUGAAACAUGAACAGCUGAGAAAAGAUGCUGCUGCCAAGAAACGUGAAGAGGAAAGUAAGAGGAAGGAAGCCAAGCUGCAGAAGGGGAUGCAGAACGUGGAACAAAACAAGUUUCAGGUACAACAGAAUCCUACAAACUGGGAGAAGGCCACCAGUGUCCCAAGGUUACCCAGCAAAGCAGCUGACACACAGAGCAAGAGGCUUCUGGCCCUCAAUGGUUCACAGAUCCAGCCAGGGAGAAACAGCAGAGGUUCUCCUAAAGCUGGUCAUGACAAAGGGACCCCAAAGGAGAGCUGCCUGUCAGCAGAGCCUCAGAGCGAAAGUCAUAAGAUCAGGCAAGAUUCAUUGAGGAAACACAUCAAAAGCAAGUCAAGUUGUGUCCAUUUCCACUGUGGCAAAGCAAACGAGGGAACGAAAGCUGAAGUGAAACCUCAGGCUGCAGCUGCUGCGGAGGCGGACGGAGGAAAGCAGAAGGAGCACGCUGUGGACACAACGGAUGCCUGUGCUCGGAGGAGCAGGAGGCUUUCUGCUUCUGCCUGUAGGACUGCCAGUGCUGGGGAGAAGCUGAAGGAUGCAAGUCAGCCUCCCUGUGGCAAGAGGGACCACGGUGAGGGAAGGGCUGUGUUCUUCUGCGAUGCCGGUUGUACCGGUGGAAUGGCACGAAACUCAAAGCUGGGGGAAGCUUCUUCCAAAGGCAAAAGGCAUCAGAAACACAGGAAUAAAGAGGUAAAUGAUAAGAGAUGUUCACCAGCUGGUUCUAGUAGACCAGGAAGUGCCAAAACAGUGUUUGUAAGCACUAGAAAUGACAGCCUGCAUGCUGCAGAACAAACUGUCAAAGUGGGAAACAAUGAAAUAGCAAAAAAGGCCUCUUCAUUAUUGUCUGCUGAGGCAGAACCUACCAGGACUGUGCCAAGAAACCCAAUAGCAUGUUCUGCUUCUGGUGACGGUUUGAACUUGGAAAAAACCGGCUUGAUUGGAUCCAGGAAUGCAGAUGAUCAGUUAUGUUCUGUUCCAUGGCAAAAUACAAAUGUUGAACUAAUCCCUUUAGAGAUUAGAAUGCAGAUCAUAGAAAAAGAAAGAAAAAGGAAAGAGCUUUUUCGGAAGAAGAACUACGCGGCCACCGUCAUACAGAGGACGUGGAGAAGUUACCAGCUAAGACAGGAGUUGUUUCAGCUCCUUAGUGCUAAGCGGCACUGCAAGGAAGAUGAAGACAAAUGGAGACAAGAGGCAGCUGCCUUCUUCAUUCAGGUUGCUUGGAAGAAGCAGCUGAACCAUAGCCCUCUGAAAUCAGUUCCUUCAUGUAAAAAUCUGAAAUCUGUAAACAAAACCAGCUCAGCCAUAAAAACCAGCAAGCAGUCCAUCCUAAAGCAGAUAUAUGGGCGUUCUCAGGAAGGCAAAGUGUGUCAGUCAACAAGAACUCCUUCUAAGCUGAAACUUUCUGAUGUGCAGCUGGUCUCAGUGAGCAACCUACAGUGUGUUAAUUUGUUGGAGAACAUGGGAAAAUCAAGGCAAUUUUCAUACAACAUGAGACCAACCACUGCUGCAAAGCCAAAAAAUACAAGACUGAAGCAUUAAGCAAAAUAAUGUUUGGAAUUUAAAAUCCGUUCCAGUACAGCUGUUAUCCUUCAUAAUGUAUAAGCCAUCUAUGAUGUAUUAAACUUGAACAUUUUCAGUUUUGUAUUAAUCACAGCAUUACACACCAAACAGACUGCUAAGGAGCUGGACUCGUUUUGUGUACAAACUGUUUUUUAAAUGCAACUGUUAAUUUCUUUAUCAACACAGGAUGAAAUCUGAAUUGCAUUUGAAGACAGAAAAUGAAGCACUAAGCCCAGUAUUGCAAUAACAUUGUAGAGGCAAUCAAAGCUUUCCAUUUUCCAAAAAGUAGGAAUUUUGAAUGUGUUCAUCAGUGUUUCAAAAAAAAGGGAAACUGUAUAAAGAUAUUACAGUUCUGAGAGACCAAUGUUUAAUUUUACCUCAAGUUCAUUAAAUUAAUUUCAAAAUCCAAGCAGGAAUGGAAGAACAGCCUUCAUGCUCCAUUUCUCUACUAAAGAAACAAUUGUUCCCUAGCUAACUAUGGAUUUGGAAGGAAAUGCAGACAUAAAACACUAAAGAAAUUGCUUUCACAACCUAUGGAAACUAUUAGGGCUGUGUUUUCUACCCUUUGAAAUUAUCACCAAUUUUUUUAAUAACUCUUUUUCUAUGUGCAUUAAAUACAGAAGCAAGAAAAGAUGGGCCCUACUCUAGAAAAUAAAAAUAGUUCUUGUAAUAGCUUUGGAGCUGCCACAGUGUACAGUAUUUACCUUGCACAAAGUAUUUAAAAUAUGAACUCAGCAAAAAUAAAAAAUGUUACUCUAAAGCAUAUUGUUUUCUAAUUUUUUUUCUACUUGAUAACUACACAGUUCUAUCAUUUUUUUAAAUAUUGUGAUGUUUCAAAAUAAUAGAUGAGCAGAGUCAGUUGAAAUCUGUUUCUCUGCAAGCUCUUCAGCAUCAAGGACUGGACUUUAACACCCCUCACUGUGGCCACCACAUUUUACUAAAACACUUCCCAGUAAGACCUACUUGCUUAAAAAAAAGGCAACAGAGGUAUUGCAGUUCUCUGUAAAAUUUUUAUUGUUUCACUUACAAAAAAAUUGACAAGCUUUGUUCCAACAUCUUCCAUUCAAAACUAAAUAGAAGUAAAUGCUUUACAAUAAAUGCAGUUUGACCUCUUCAAUAUACUGUGUUCAUAGGGCCAGGUGUCUGGGGAUGAGAGGCAAGGUAGAUGUUGAAACAGUAAUGGAGGUCUGUGAGCCACUGCUCCUGAACUUCACCACUCUUCAGUGUCUAGAAAGGAAAAAGAAGGUAAAACUCAAGCAUUCGCAAAACUUGCCUUUGUUUUUACAGGUAAUCAGGUGCACUGUUAAAGGUACAAGACAGCCCUGUUCCCUUGCACACAGUGACGUUGUUCUUCUUUUUUUAUACAUUUCAACACAGUGUGUCUGUUAAAGCCCAAAUAAUCAAGUGUUACAAUUGGGUACAUUAAGUCAUUACAUUACCAUUAACACCAGAUGUGCUUUCCUUACUCUUAAUUAGAAUGGCCCACUUUGCAAUUCUGCAGUUUAUAGGCAAUUAGAAUGCAAAUGAGCGUGGUACUACCAGUGCAGGAGAGCACCCCAGCCCAGUCUAAGGAGAACUGCUACCAAGAGACCACCUCAGCCCAGGAAUUCCCUCUUCUCAGGAUUAUGUAGGUGGCUUAAAAAACCCAACAAGAACAAAUACAACCCACCCAAGGUGGGACAGCACAAGAAUAGAUUGUGGCAUUUUCAACAUGAAAGGGAAACAACCCCUUCCCAACCUGCAGGUUAGAGAACCUCACCAUAAUGAAUUAAAUCUGCUUUCACCACCACUGUUUGCAAACAGCUCUUCUUGACCAUUUGCAAUGAUUUUUAAAAAUAAACAUGACAAACACGUGGUUUCUGGGAAACAAGAAGUUUCAUACCAUGAUGUCCUUGAUGAUCUGUUGCACCAGAAACUCGUUUGUGAUCAUAUGGCUCCUGAGCUGCCCGUGCUGCAUUAGCAAGCGAAGCAGCUGAGCAACAACGGGCAGCUCUUCCCGACAGAUCCUGCUCACUUGCAGGCUUUGCAGCAUCAGCCUCAGUAGCCGUGGCAGGAGUGCUAAUGCAGAAAUGCAUGAUCUCCACAGCAUGUCCCUGAGAGGAAACGAUAAUCAAAACUGAAAUGAUUGAGGACACACAUUUCAAGGAUGCUUCUGUGAAAGGGCUGCAUGGCUGUACAAGGAAACCUGCUACUGGGGAUCCAAUCACACCAGCUGCAUUCACCAGAAUUAGUGGCAAAGCAGAAAAUCUGUACUAGCAAAAUGCCAAACUGAAAAUAUUCCAGAAUUUUGUAGAGCACUGGGAAAAAAUUAAGGCCCUGCCCUGGAAGCUGUAUAUAUUGCUUAAUCUCUCACGCAGUGCAAUUUCUGCUUCUUGCAGCUGCCAAGAGAUUUUUGUUUCAGUCACUUUUCAGGUACACCUGAACCUUUGUUUAAGAUUUAUAAGAAGUUAAAUAACGGACUCAGCCAUUUGUGAUAUGCAAGUCAUUAAAUACAAUAAGAGAAGGAGGACUUGGGCUUGAAUCUUCAGGAAGCUUUUAACAACUUUUCUGUUUAUGGAAAAGUUUGGCCUGUUUAAAGUCAUACCUGCAUUUCAGGCGAAUUUAUUUGAAUUCGUUAUCUAUAGCUUUUGGGUUUUUAAAAUCAAAUGGCUUUGCAGUCUUUGUAAUGAUGCCUGAGAAGUUUUAAAACUGAAACGUCAGAUCAGUUAAGAGUAUGCACUCAUAAAUCCAAAUCCUUUGCAUGGUGCUUUUCAACGAAGCUAAGGUUAUCUAAUGAAGGUAUCUAAGGUAUCUAAUGAAGCUAAGGUUAAACAUUAAGGUAUAAAUACCCCAAUUUACAAAAUCAGGAUGGCUUUGACAUCCAAGUAGAAUAAUUUGAGAUGAAACCUUCUUCAGUUACUGUUUUAAGUAAUUCCUGGUAACUUUGCAAGUAUUUUUCUUAAAUCUAAGCACUGAUUUGAAGUAAGCAAAAGAGAGACAGGAAAAAAAAACC